AAAAAUUGACUGUUAUCUUAGACGGUCAAACGCGUUGACUAACGGUCAACAUGCCACGUCACCGCCACGGUCAAUGUGCCACGCUCACUUAAUUUUUUUUUAUAUUUUCCACCUAUUACUAUUUAUCUUUUUUCCAGAAAAUCAUUUUUUAAUUUUUUUUAUUCAAAAUGAAAAAAAUAGUAAUAGGUGGAAAAUAUAAAUUUUUUUAAGUAAAAGGUGCUGACUUGGCGGUGGCGUGGCGCGUUGACCGUUAGUUGACUCGUUCUAACUACAACAUCCCAAUUGCAGGCCAAGUAUAAUCGGCAACCGGGUGUAGCAUAAGGCAAGCAAGCAAUAAGAAAUUAUCGUACCACGAGGAUCUAGACUUACCCUACUUCAGGUUUAUGGUUCGUUAUCUAGCUAAUCUAGGAUAUUGAUUAGGAAAACUAAGCUAACUAACCUAGACUAACCACUAACCUAGCUAUUUACAAGGUUUGGAGCUCCCUUGGGUGAAAUCCCCCUAUUUUCGACCUUUGGAUCGAUGUUGAGUAUCCUCUUAGUUCGAUCGACCCACUAUCCUACUGUUAGGAGAUGAACUCCCUUGGGACGGACCCGAAACGGUGAAGUGAUGGAUGGGUAGGUGCCUUAUUCAACCUAGGGCACCCCUAUAUCAUAGGAGAUCGAUCCAAUCGACUCCCUCGGGGAUUGCCCGGACGAUAUGGGGUGAGGAGUUGUUUCCCUCCUAGGUCAAAAGCUCGAUUGACUCAAUUACUCUACCGUUAGGAAACAGACUCCCUCGGGAAUGACCUGGAAUGGCGAAUCGAUGAAUGUGGUAGGCUCUAUUCAACAUAGGGCAACCCCAUAUCCUAGGAGAUUGACGGAAUCAACUCCCUCGGGGAUUGCCUAUACGAUAUAGGGUGAGGAAUGACCCGAAGACGCCAAUAAUGGGCUCUAAGGGGAUUUUCUCCCUCCUAGGUCAAAAGCUCAAUACAUGAAAAUGGGAACCCAACUAAUGUCAUUCAUGAAAACAUCCAUCAAAUAAGUAAAUCAUCAAUCAAACAUGGAAUGUGUCACAUACAUCAACAUUAAACCCAAAUCUAGACCUAGGGUUUUUAAACCAAGAGAAGAGGGUGAGUUUCUAGAGAUAGAAGAGAGAUUUUACAAAUUGGAGCCCAAGAUCUUCUUCUUCUUCUAGGCUUGAUUCCUUGCUUCCAAGCUUGAUCAAUGCCUUCAAUUAAACUCCAACAUCACUCAAGAACUCACUCCCUCUCUCUAGAACUCCCCUUUGGUAUUUUGGGUCGAAACCCUAGAGAAAGAAACUAUUUCCUCUCCAAAAACCAGCUUCCCUUUUUCUUCCUUCUGCUGUUUCCUUUUAUACCCAGAUCGAAGGUUGUUCACGGUCUGAACUCAAAGCCUAGAUCGUGAACUCGAACCAAUUCGUGUCGUUUCACUACAAUAUUUCACGGUCUGGAGCUGAAGUUUACGGUCUUACGACCGUGAACUGACUUGGCAUCAGUAACCUUUGAAACUCCUCUGGACGCCCUUUGUUUGACGGUUUGUGGUUCCAGUUCACGGUCCUGGCGACCGUGAACUUGGUGCUUGGACCGUGAACUAUGGCUGCUUUCCUGCGGUUACAAAUUGGAGCCCGAGAUCUACUUCUUAUUCUUCUAGGCUUGAUUCCUUGCUUCCAACCUAGAUAAAUGCCUUCAAUUAAGCUCCAAAAUCACUCAAGAACUCACACUCUCUCUAGAACUCCCCUUUGGCGUUUUUUCACUUUUGGCACUUUUCGACCGACUCGAAACUCGUCCUCGACCUUCCCACACGUGCUAGGACCUGAAAUGUAACAAAACAAGCCCAACCUAGCAUAAAAUAGGUCGAGGGACGGCGAUCUACUAAACAAAUAGGACAAGAAACGAGGGGUAAAAUGUGUACUUUUGGACCCGAAUCAUUAGUCAACUCAUUUGACCAUCCACGAUAACGAUCAAUUUUCGGGUUUGGCCAAUUUUGUUACUUUGUUGUAUAGUUUAGGCCAUGAUGUUAUAAAUCAAAAAGAUUGGCCAUGAUGUUUAUUAUGCGAAAAGUUCAGGCCAUACAAAUAUAUUAACCCUAAAACUAAAGGAAAGAAGGCUAACGGUAAAGCUGGCGCGACAGUAAAAGUUUAGGAGUUGCAGAUCUCAAGUUCGAUUCAAGUGAGGUCCGUUAGUGUUCUUGGAGGCAUGAGGCUAUUCAAGACGAAGCCCCAUUGGUGUCGAAAUUGAUUGUAGGUGGCCCACUAGUUUAGUAGUCCCUCCCUCUAAUACGGUGAAUGAGUCGAGCCGUACUAGACCGGAGGGACUAUUCCGGCGAGCAAGGAUAAUUUGAUUUGAUCACAAUUUGUUUUGAAACUUCCAUAUUUAGAAAAAGGCUGAAUUACACGUUUGGUCACUCGAAUUAUAAGAAUCUUUCACGUUUGCCACCCGAAUCAUUUUUGUUUCUUAUUCGCCACUAACUUUACGAAUCAUUUCACCAUUAGUCACCAACCGUUACACUCCGUUAAAUAUGUCAUACGUGACAAUCAACUUUAAAUUUGACCGUUAACUAGAUGACGUGGAAAUUAAAAAAAAUAAUUUAUUUGUCCAACUCAUCAUUCCACUUACUUAGUGUAUAUUAUUAUCAUAUUAUUUAUUUAAUAAAAGUUAAUUAAAUUACAAAAACAAAUAAUAUGAUAAAUUUAUUCUCCACCAGUCAAGAUCCGAUGGAGGAGAUUGUCGUUGUACGCAGCCGCCGAUCUCGGUACAUCUUCAGUGCCGUUCAUCUUCUUCUACCCUGCCACGAGUGUUGGACACGUGAAAGGUGAAAGGCGGAGAAAAAAACUCGCCAGCAGCAUCGUCGGACCGGUAAAGCGAUUGACGCGGACAGAGCAUGAGGAGGUCGCCGUCGUGGAAGACCGGCGUCAACAGGCACUUCCACCUUGGCGACCCGAUGCCAGUGUACAAAGAGAGAACUCUGCUAAUUGAACGUCAAUUGCUCUACAGCGGCGAAGGGUCCUGAACACCAGCUUGAGACGACGGUGCCCACGAGAAACAAGUUGCAGAUGGAAUGCAUCAAAAUAAAGACUCUGCAAAACAGUUAACAAACCAAGGCAGAGAUACCCAAACACAAACCAAAAAGUAGCCCUGCCAAUUCAGUAUAACCCAGCAAAAUGCAAAAUCCGAAAUUGAAAGCAAAGUAUUUACAAUCUGACCGGAAUAACAAAUUAGAGAUAACCUAACCACCGAUUAAUAGGAAACAACUUCGGAGAUAGCAGGAAACUGAACUUAGAUCUUAAACCAAAGGCCAAAUUGAAAGAGGAGUCGGCGGUGGCAAGGGGUACGUUCAGUGGCUGAGGGCGAAAAAAGCGUUGGCGGCAGUGCGUACGCUCAAAAUCUAACCGCCACCUCACUCUAUAAACAAAUCUUAGUCAAGCCUUGCUCGCCGGCCUUCCCCAUUCCCUUGCUCGCUGGCGUCUAUGUUCCCCUCUUCGCUCUAUCUCCGCUCGCUCAGACUCCGUUCCGGCGAGAUCCGAAGGUAACUAGACUCCAUUAACGGGAAAAUGAAAAUGUCGGCAGACUAAACCGAACGAGCUACAGACUACAGUUCUGAUUUUUCCUUUUCUCUUUCGCAAUUCGUUGAGAUUUAGUUUGGCUGUGGAAUUGGAAUUUCUCAAUUGCUGAUUGCUCGGAAGCAUCGAGCCAACUUUGUUCAAUCUUGUUGUAAACUAUUUGGAUAAAUAAUGUUGUUCAUGAAUUCCCAGCUGACUCUUCUUGAUUUUGCUUCCUCUCGAUUCUGUGAUUUGGAUGGUCCGGUGGCAAGGUAGAAGAAGAUGAACGGCACCAAGGAUGGACCGAUAUCGGUGGCUGCGACAAUCUUGUCCGUCUCAUAUUGACCGGUGGAGAAUGGAAUGAUGAGUUGGAUAAAUAAAUUAAUUUUUUUAAAUUUCCACGUCAUCUAGUUAACGGUCAAACUUUAUAGUUGACUGCCACGCAUGACAAAUUUAACGGAGUAUAACGGCCGGUGACUAAUAGUGAAACGAUUCGUAAAGUUAGUGACGAAUAAGAAAGAAAAACAAUUCGGGUGGCAAACAUGAAAGAUUUGUAUAAUUCUACGGACCAAACGUGUAAUUCAUCCUUUUAGAAAAACGUCACGCUUCCCAAUGUCAUGGAUCGUCUCGAUUUUAUCCGAUUAAUUGAAGUCAUAACAGUCCAACAAGUAAAUAUAACAGCUGAGCUGACUCCAUUGCCUAUUUGCCUUCUUCAUUACAUUCUCCUCCAAACACCAUCUCUCCCCCGCUCUCGCUCUCGCUCUCCAAUCGAUCAAAGUUUCUCUCUUUUGAUCACUCACUGCAUCACUCUCGCCUUCUUCCCGCGCCGAUCGGAAGAAAUGGAUUCUUCGCCAUCUUCAGACUCCAUUAAACCCAGAGAUGUCUGCAUUGUUGGGGUUGCUCGCACGCCCAUGGGCGGCUUUCUGGGAACCCUUUCUUCCUUAUCGGCCACGCAGCUUGGUUCAGUGGCGAUUCGAUCUGCUCUCCAGAGGGCCAACCUGGAUCCUUCACUUGUACAAGAGGUGUACUUCGGCAAUGUUCUGAGUGGAAAUUUAGGUCAGGCUCCGGCCAGACAGGCCGCUUUAGGUGCCGGAAUUCCAAAUUCAGUUGUCUGCACCACUAUCAAUAAAGUUUGCUCAUCCGGGUUGAAAGCGACUAUGAUUGCUGCCCUCGCCAUUCAAUCGGGUACUCAGGAUAUCGUUGUUGCUGGUGGGAUGGAGAGCAUGUCCAAUGCACCCAAGUACCUAGUUGAAUCAAGAAAGGGUUCUCGACUAGGACAUGAGACUGUUGUUGAUGGCUUGCUCAAAGAUGGCCUGUGGGAUGUGUAUAAUGACUUUGGGAUGGGUGUUUGUGCAGAAAUAUGCGCUGAUCAGCAUCGUAUAACUCGAGAUGAGCAGGAUUCUUAUGCUAUUCAGAGCUUUGAGCGUGGAAUGGCAGCACAAAACAGUGGUCUCUUCUCCUGGGAAAUCACACCGGUUGAAAUUUCAGCAGGAAGAGGGAAACCAAAGUCCGUAAUUAGUAAGGAUGAGGGAUUGGGAAAGUUUGAUGCGGUAAAACUUAAAAAGCUUAGACCGAGUUUCAAGGACACGGGCGGUACUGUAACUGCUGGGAAUGCUUCUAUUAUAAGUGACGGUGCAGCAGCACUCGUGUUAGUUAGUGGGGAGAAAGCACGCGAGCUCGGUUUGCAAGUGAUUGCCAAGAUAAGAGGGUUUGCUGAUGCAGCUCAGGCACCUGAGCUCUUCCCAACUGCACCAUCUCUCGCAAUUCCAAAAGCUAUCUCAAAUGCUGGCCUGAGCGCCUCUCAGAUAGAUUAUUACGAAAUAAACGAAGCAUUUUCCGUUGUAGCACUUGCCAACCAAAAAUUGCUCGGUCUCAAUCCCGAGAAGGUGAAUGCUCAUGGGGGAGCAGUAUCUCUGGGACAUCCACUGGGAUGCAGCGGAGCUCGUAUACUAGUCACUUUGUUAGGGGUGUUGAGGCAUAAUAAAGGGAGAUAUGGGGUAGCUGGGAUCUGCAAUGGAGGAGGAGGAGCUUCUGCACUCGUUCUUGAGCUCAUGCCGGCUUCAACGGUUCGGCGAUCAUCCUUGUGAAAUUCAUCUGAGAAGAACUCAGAAACAUUUAGGAUCAUAAUUCAUAGCAUACCAUUUCUGCCGUUCUUGUUUCUCUCUUUUUUGUGUUGCUCUAUUAAAUAAGCUCAAAGAUGGCAGAACUGUGGAACUUUGGACAUGGAAAUGCUAGCAAAAAUAAGCCUGUUUGUUCUUAGGGGUCGUUUGGAAGUUGCGAAUGUGUAAUGAAUCAUCAUAAUAUAAAUGCAUGUAUUGAUACAAUGGAUGUAUUUUAGCAAUACAUUGUUUGGUUGUUGAGAUUCUAUUUAUGUAUUGAUUUACAUAAAGUUACUUUUAUGGGGAAAUGUCACAUUUACUCUCAACUUUUAGAAUAAGACAAAAAUUAUUGG